UCUAAGCAUUUCCCAAUGGCUGAGAACAACACAACAAAAAGCAAUGGCCAAAUAAGUGUUCAAGAUGCACAAGUGGCUGUGGUUAUGGUACCACUUCCAGCACAAGGCCAUCUCAACCAGCUUCUCCACCUCUCGAGGCUCAUCACCUCGUAUAAUAUCCCAGUCCAUUAUGUUGGAGCAACCACUCAUAUUCGCCAGGCUAAGUUUCGUGUCCAUGGUUUCAACCCUGUCACAGCUAAUAACCUAUAUUUUCAUGAAUUCCCUACACCACCUUUUGAAAAUCCUCCCCCAAAUCCUAAUGCUUCAAAUAAAUUUCCUAACCAAUUAAUCCCUUCAUUUUAUGCAACAAUCCAUCUCCGUGAGCCAGUGUGCUCUCUUGUACGCCAACUACUAGGCGCCAAUCAUCGGAGAGUGAUUGUUAUUUAUGAUUCUAUGAUGACUUGGGUGGUAGAGGAUGUACCAGCAAUUCCAAAUGCUGAGUGCUACAGAUUUAAUAGUAUCUCAGCUUUCCAUACGUUUUCAUGCAUCUGGGAAUCCAGAGGAAAACCUUUACAAGCUGGAACUGAAAUAUUUGAGGACAUUUCAUCAAACAAAAACUGUGCUACCCCAGAGUUAUGGGAAUUAUGGAGUAAACAAAAAUCCCUUGAAGGGAAAAUUAGCUCUGGAGAACUUUUCAAUUCAUCCAGAGUAAUAGAAGGUUUAUACCUUGAUUUAGUAGCUAAAGAAAUUAAUGGCUUAAACCUAUGGGCUUUUGGUCCAUUCAAUCCGUUGUUGCUGACUGAGCAGAACAACGAUUCAAAUAAACGUCACAAAACCUUGGAUUGGCUUAACAAACAAGAACCAGACUCGGUGAUAUAUGUGUCUUUUGGAACAUCUACUUCUUUGUCGAAUGAAGAAAUUGAACAACUCGCCAUUGGGUUAGAGAAAAGCCAGCAAAAGUUCAUUUGGGUUCUCAGAGAUGCUGACAAAGGAGAUGUUUUUGCAGGUGAAGAAAGGAGAGCUCGGCUGCCGGAAGGUUAUGAAGAAGGAAUAAAAGGAAGAGGAAUUAUUGUAAGAGAUUGGGCACCUCAGUUGGAAAUUUUGGCACAUCCUUCCACAGGUGGUUUUAUGAGUCAUUGCGGAUGGAAUUCGUGCAUGGAAAGCAUUUCCAUGGGAGUUCCUAUAGCAGCCUGGCCAAUGCAUUCAGAUCAACCAAGGAAUUCCCAGCUGGUAACAAAGUUCCUGAAAAUUGGCCUAAAUUUGAGACAUGGGGCACGUCAGGAUGAAUUGGUUACAUCAGAAAUAGUUGAAAAUACUGUGAGAACUUUGAUGGCUUCACCUGAGGGAGGUGAGAUGAGGAAGAGAGCAUCGGAAUUAAGUGUUGCUGUCAAACAAUCAGUCAUGGAUGGGGAAGGAAAUGGUACAGAGAUGGAUUCUUUUAUCGCACACAUCACUCGAUAA